GUCAAAUUUUCAAAGUACACUUUCAUUACUUUUCAAUUACAUUUUGAAAUAAUUUCUAUGGAUGUUGACUUUGAGGCAUAAUUUAGAAUAGUUUCCAUUUUCAUGACUAUCUUUUUGUUUUCCUGAAAUAAUGAGCGGCCAGCCACAAAAACACAGGUAUGUGUCAGCGGUGUUGCGCAAUUGGCGGGUCAAUGAUAUCAACAAACCAACCGUAAAAACGCAAGACUUCGAACACGCAGCUCAAAAUGGAAACCACCGACCAAAAUGUACCCGUCAAAACCAGCGCCACAUAUUCAGAAGUUAACAUGGAAGUAUCACAGGAAAAAGAAAUAGACUCCACUCGACCCAAAUUCUCGGUACUGAAAAAUAGUAUCGCCGGGUCAGCCGCUGGGGCUGCAGCGAAUCUUGUAGGAUUUCCUCUCGACACAAUCAAAGUUCGACUACAAGCAAUGCCUUUACCUAAACCUGGCGAACCGUGGAUGUAUAAGAACUCAUUCGACUGCUUCUUCAAAAUUAUUAGAAACGAAGGAGUUUAUUAUUUAUUUCGUGGAGUGACAGUUCCAAUCCUGAAUUCUAUUCCCAAUACAACUGUCUUAUUUUCAUGUGUAUCGUUUGUCAAGAGUUACAAGCUACCGGUAUCUAAAGACCCGGAGCUAUUACGCUCUUUAGCAGCAGGAAUGAUUGCUGGAGUUGCUACAUCAUUUGUUUUAACGCCUCUGGACCGGGUAAAGUGUAUUCUACAGAUAGAAAAAGCUUUCGGUGGAAGCUCAUACGGCGGGCCUGUGGACUGCUUACGAAGGAUCUACCGCGAGGCAGGUGUUAGAGGGGUGUACAAGGGAAUCUCCGUGACGGCAAUGCGUGAUAUACCUGGCUGGGGUGCCAUGUUUUUCACUAAUGAACUCUGUCAUAGGGCAAUCACCGGCGAAAAAAAUCAUUUAACCCGACAUAUCGGUCCGGGCGGUGUAUUAGUUUCCGGAGCAAUUGCAGGAAUGGCGUACUGGACUGCCGGACUCCCAGCGGACGUUUUAAAAACUCGAUAUCAGACAGCACCACCAGGUCGAUAUGGUAGAGUUCUUGACGUACUGCGUACUUUGGUUCGCUACGAGGGAUUCACAGCUUUAUACACAGGGUUUGGGGCAAUUCUUAUUAGGGCUCUGCCUGUGAAUGCAGCUUUCUUCCUAGCAUACGAUUACACUGCAAGGCUCAUUAAUUAUGCAUUCCCAGAUUUAUGAUGCAAUUAAAGUUGAAUUAGGGUCAUUAUAUCUGGAACGAUGACCUUGGAAUUAAUCAAAUGUAAGUUAUUACAGAAUAAAUUAAAUGGAAAUUAACCUGCAUCCACAGGCUUACC